UAGUUGUGGGGUUCGCGGCAGUAGAAGGGCUGCGCUAGAGCUCGGGGCUCGUUCACGUCUCCCGGACCAGCGCACGCUCGUGUGCACUUGCGCAGAAGGGAGGCCAGGAUUGGUUGUGGGACGGUCUCAUUUUUCUUGUGCCCAAUCUGGACGCGCCGGGGGUGGGUCUUAGCGCCCUGACAGUCUGAGUUUCCGCGCGCAUUUCUUCGGGCCAUGGAGUCGGAGCUGGUGCGGCGCCUCGCCCCGCGCCUCGGCCUGGCGGAGCCGGGUGUCCUGAGGAAAGCAGAGGAGUACCUACGGCUGUCUAAGGUGAGGUGUACCGGUCUGUCUGCUCACAGCUCAGAAACCAGCAGUGCUGUCAUAUGCCUGGACCUUGCAGCUUCCUGCAUGAAGUGCCCCCUGGAUAGAGCUUAUUUAAUUAAGCUCUCUGGCUUGAACAAGAAGAUGUAUCAGAGCUGUCUUAAAUCUUUUGAGUGUUUACUGGGAUUAAAUUCAAAUAUUGGAAUAAGAGACCUAGCUGUACAGUUCAGCUGUACAGAAGCAGUGACCAUGGCUUCAAAGAUACUGCAAAGCUACGAGUCUAGUCUUACCGAAGCACAGCGAGCAGACCUGGACUUGUCCAGGCCGCUUUUCACCACUGCUGCACUGCUUUCAGCCUGCAAAAUUCUGAAGCUAAAAGUGGAUAAAACCAAAAUGAUAACUACAUCUGGUGUGAAAAAAGCAAUAUUUGAUCGGCUAUGUAAGCAGUUAGAGAAGAUUGGGCAGCAGAUUAACAGAGACUCUGGAGAUUUAUCUAGUCCAGCACUGAAGAAAAAGAAGUCUGUGGUUGAAACACCAGCAAAAGAAAUAGAAGAAGUAAUAGAAACCCCACAUAAAGCACUGAAAGAUGAAGGUCUGACACAGGAUUAUGAAGAAUGGAAAAGGAAGAUUUUGGAAAAUGCUGCCAAAGCUCAAACAGCUACCGCAGAGUCUAGAAGAUGAAGGGCCUGAGGAUUCAUCUAAACUUGUAUACCAGGCGUACUGAGGAUUGUCUCAAUAUGAAAGACACUAGCACUAGGCACCUCAUGUGGAAAUAGAUCAACCAUAGUACCUCCGUAGACUCUGGAUGGAAUUGGGACCAUUUUGCUUCUCUGUGUUAAGCUUAAGAAAGUCUCCUGACUUAACCUAGAACACACAAAAGAUGUCUCAGACAUUUUACUUGUUUUUUGUGUUUUUAUUUUAUUUCACUAAAUCAGUGUUAUAGAGCCUAAGUUAAUAAAUGUUUAUUUUUUUUAAAUUUA